AUGGUACUUCGAGCUUGGCGGAAAGUCAAUGCAACAUCGAUAAAGAACUGUUUCAGGAAAGGUGGCUGCGUAUUGACGGAUGGGGAAGCUGAAUCCGACAGUGAAUCGGAUGACAUUCCGUUAUCAGACUUGCGGGAUGUAUGGACAGAGUUAAAGAAGGUCACAGACAUUCCACCAGAAGUGACACUCCAAGAAUUCAUAGACGCCGACAGAGUGUUGGUGAUUAAAAACCCCAAAUUGAGGAACGUCACCAACCUGUUCAUCUGCAACCUCGCCAUCAGCGACAUCCUGCUCGCCGGCAUCGUCCUACCUCAGAAUCUGCAUGACGUUUCUCAUCCAACUGAUAACUAUGAAGGUCAUGCAGCUUUAAAAAUCAUCCCAGUAAUCUGGAUGGGUGCAGCCGUCGUCAUCAUCCCCACAGUCAUCGAGUACUCCGUCUACAUCAGCGUCUCAGACGACAACAACAUCUCCGCCACGUCAUGCGCGUCAGUCACCUUCUCUUCGGCAGCCUCCAUCUCCAACGGCUUCGUGCUGCUGUUGACGGCGUAUAUCAUCCCCCUCAUCUUCAUCCUGGGCAACUACUUGAGAAUACUGAACUUUCUCCGAGAGCACGGGCUUUGUGAUGGGUCGAGGCGGAGGAAGAGCACUCCCAGAGGGUUCUUCAUUUACCGCCAUCAGGUGAAGAUAGUCAAGAUGUUCAUACUCGUGGCUGCCCUUUUCGCCAUAUCCUGGCUGCCUUACUUUAUACUACUCAUAUCACAGAAAAUAUCGGGUAGAGACGAUCAUAUGUUUGUGGGUGGCCCUAUAAACAUGAUCAAAAUAUCCUUAGCCUCGUUCAGCACGGCAUACAACGUCGUUCUCUACGCCAUCUACAACCGCAACUUCAGGGGAGCAUUUAGAAAAAUGUUUUACAAUGACAAAACCGUUGACGACGGUACCGAUCUCGGCUCUAACAGUAGUCACAGUCGCAGUUCCACUAGCCUCCCUCUGGCUGCGAGACCACCAAUCGUCACUCAGAUGUAG